UGCUUUUUCGUGCUUCUCCAACAGAGCAUAAAGCCACUGCAAAACCUUCAGCUUCAUUAUCAAACAUGAAGAAAAUAGUUAUAAAGGUGCAGGUGGCGAGUGAGAAAUGCAGAAAGAAGGCUAUGGUAAUUGCAGCUGAAUGUCAAGGUGUGGAAUCAAUAGAAAUAGAUGAAGAAUGCAGUGAAAUUGUGAUAACUGGAGAUGGAGUGGAUCCUUUUUGCUUAACGAAACAGAUGAAAAAGAAGUUCCGCCAUGCUACCCUGAUACAUGUGGAAAAUAUAAAAGGAGGAGUUGAAGAGGAUGGCCAAGAAGAAGAAGACGAAACCGUACCAGAGAAAAUUUAUCCUCCGUUUUGUGCAAAAUGUAGCACCUCUAUCAUUCAACCUGCUUUCAUAGUUUAUGAUCCAUACCCUAAUAACUGCUCCAUCCUCUGA